UGAAGAAGUGAAAGAAGUGAAAGAGAAGCUGAGGGAUCAACAGGCAGCUUGACAAUCUGCGUCGUUCUGUGCGGCACGCUCAGACUGCUGGGAAGUUUGCGAAGAAUGGAAUGGACUUUAUUUCCUUGUCAGUCAAGGCGACUCACUGUCAUGUGGAUGUUCUUCAGCCAGCUUCUAUUGUUGAUGUACUAAACAUGGCAAGUCUGUCAGCGCCGAGCCCAGGGAGGCUGUCUGGAGAUGAUUAUCAGGAGCAAAACUGAAAAAUCUUCUGGCUUGACAAAGAAGAAACUCCUGCAAACAUGAAUCCAGAAUCUCUGGACCUGUCCAUACAAAGCGCCUUGUCGGCCCUCUUCCCACCGUUCGAGGCCACGGCGCCCGUCGUCCUCAGCCAGCUGUUUCGCACCAUUGAUGAGCGCUAUUACGGCGACGCUCUGCAGUGCAUGCUGGACUUCCUCAUCCCGUCCAAACACCUGCUGGAGAGCGUCCAACAGGCAGCGUGUGCUGGAUUCUCCGAUGUGGUUUUCCGCUGUGAAGGCUGGCCUCUGUGUCUUCACGACAAGACCGUCAUCCAGUUAGCGCCCGUCAACCCUCUACUGCUGCGUCCUGGCGACUUCUACCUGCAGGUGGAGCCUUUUGGGGACCAAGCCGCUCGCAUCGUUCUAAAGAGCCUCCUGGAGGAGGGAUGUCGGGAGGUGGAGGAGACGCCUAUCCCCGAAACCUCCUACCCCUGCAUGUUCACUGAGGACUGGCUUCAAGACAUCAACGAAGGACGUCAAGGAACUCCUCUGUCACGUUGUUUGCUUUGCACGGAUCAAGGAGUAAUCAAGUUACCUUGGGCUAAGAUUGCAAUACCAGAGUUUUUAGACAAGCCUAAGAUCAUGCCAAGUUGUCGGGAGCCUCCCCCUGAGCCAAAGAAGUUCUCAGGUGCCUUCCAUUUUCACUCCGCCACCCUCCCUCUGGAUGCCAUGGUUUUUGCAGCUAAAGACAGGAUGUCUGCCUCUUUGAGACCUGCGGACUCCUCUUCCAAGCUUGUAAAAGUGGAUCAUGAAAGACGAGCCCCCAAAUCCUGCCCUAAACCUCUAAUCAAACCUGUGGGUUGGGUUUCUCCUAAUAGCUGGGACAGUCAUAACUACCAAGAGAUCGAGGGUGAUUAUGUAGACCUGGUGGACGUUGGCAAAGGGAGGGAGUUCAAAGAUAAACCAAAAGAUGGGCACUCAAAUCCACUUGAUUCACUUUUAUUCAAGCCCGUCAGGCCUCCCCCACCUGUUCCACCUGGGAACAGUGCUUUCUGUGGACAGACCCUGCAGUACAGAGAUGAACCUUGUCUACCACUCACACAGGAGAUCAUGGAUCAGGACUUGAAAUGCAGAUACAGAGAUUCUUACCUGGCAGCACUGAAAAACCCAGUCGCUUUUGAAAGGGGGAGUGUGGACCUCCUGGCUGCCUUAGAGGAGGUCGGCCUGCCCGAGGAGGGGGACACAGAAUCCAAAGGUCAAACUGAAGCUCAACAGGACCAGUCAGGAAGCGUUUGUAACCACUUUAUGUUAAAUAUUGAACCCUGCCAGCACAAACAGUGCUGUGAAGCAACGUCACAAAACUCAGCGUCUCACCAACACAUCUGCUCUGAAUCACAAAACCCAUUUAAACAAACACGUGCCGAUUUAAAAUCAACUCCCUGCUUGAGCCAGGGUGACAGAGCUCAGACAAAACGCGUCUCUCAGCAGUCGCCACAUACUGCUUGUGUGCAUCCUGUGACAGAUGCGCCUCUGGCAUCCUGUGACGGCGAGACGAAGCCCCGGCAGAAGGAUGAAGGUGUGAAACCGUCGGGCAAACACAAAGUCAAAACAAGGUCUUUGUCCACUGUGUCAGAGACGGCUUUAGGAAGUCCACUUCUUUAUAAACUCAACAACAGAAGCCACAGCGAUAUCUGCCCUGAAACCAUCACCAGCCUCAUCCACUGUAAGAGAGACGAGCUGCUGGAUCAGGGGACACCAAAGCAGGACAGACAAAGGAGCCCCAAAAAAGAAUUCCUGUCAACUAAAAAUGAAACUACAGCUGGAAACGCCUCCAAACUCCUCAACCUGAAGACAGAAAAGCUACCUGACACUCAGCUGCCGCCGCAAAAUGAAGAAUGUAACUUUAGGAGAAUCAGCGGGCUGCUUGAACUGGGGAUUAUUUGUUUACCAGGCAGCCGGGACAGGACUGGCAGGGCAGUGGUGGAGGUCCACGGGGACAGGAAGGAGUGGACGUCUCCUCUCCUGUCAGCACAGACCAUUUGUGAAUUACUACUCUACUUACACUCCAUACCGAGGAAAGACGUUCGAGAGCUGGGAAUGACUCUGAUCAUAAAUGCCAAGAAGAAGCCUCCCCCACUUCACCUCUACAAAGCUCUGCUGAUGGCUCAGGAGCAAGCCCUCCAUGCCGUCCACAGUAUUGUUAUAUUGAUGGACAAAGAUACAUUCCCACGACCUGAGAAGCAGCCAGGUCUGCAGAUGGACAUGGUGACAACUAUGAAAGCACUGAACAAGACAGUGGAAGCCUCCCAGCUGACCUCUGACCUCGGAGGGACGUUCAUGUAUAGUCACAGCGACUGGCUGCAGUUCCAUCAGAGACUGGUUUCUUUCUUGACUGACCUGCGAGAGGCAGACUGCUUGCUGCAAAAGGCCAUCAAGAAAGUGGACAGCAGAAGACAAAUGGAUACAGCUCAGGAAGUGCAGCAAUGCAUUCAGGAACAGAAGGUUUCAAUGAAGGAGGUGUUGGAAGACGCAAGACUGGUAACGCUGCAGAGGGAGGGAGGGGCUUUACUGGCAAGGAUGAAGAGAGAGGAGUUCAGAUUUCCACAAUCUGAGGACUACAGAGAUGCUUUGGAGUCUGUGACAAGUUUGUAUAACCAGGUUGAGGAAAAGCUCCACAAACUGGUGAUGAGGUCCAACGAGUCUCUGCAGCACCUGGACUUCCUCUUCAGAUUCAGAGAGACAGAAAACAAGAUCACCAUGACUGGUAUGUGGUUCAGUACAGAAGGUGAAGAGAGACUGAAGGCCUCUUACACAACAGAGGACAACCUGGCAUGCACUGAAAACGUCUUAAAGCACUUUCAUCUGUUUCUCACACAGUCCAAGGAAAAAAAACAGCAUGCCCUCACCCUCGUGGCUGAGGCAGAGAAGAUUGUUGGAACCAGCGACUCAAGUCCGGCAACAGAUAUUUUUCGGACUUUAGUCAGCACUUUCAAAUCUAAUAUAGAAGAUUUUAUGUUGCGGGCAGAGCAGAGAUACAAAGAACUGAACGCACUGGUGCAUGUGUACAGCUUCUGUCAAAAGGUGUCAGCACUGACUGAGGAAUGUAGUCGUUUUAUGGAGCAAGUAGAGCAGGGGUGUUACUCAGUUCAGACUCCAAACAAACUCCAAAUGUAUGAGGAGAGAUUAGGUGGCGAAUUCUCCACCCAGCACUUUCAAGCUGUGAAAGCUAAAGUCUGCAGCGUGGGAUCGGGGGCCUCGGGAGCGACCAGAGUGUGGAAUGCGGCCUGGGUCCAGUGCCAAGAAGUCCGACACCGUCUGGAGGAGAUGCAGAAGAAAAGAGACGUUGAUAAGGACCAGAUCCAGCAGGCCGCAGCUGCGAGCUCUUCAGGCGAAAGUGGGGGAGUGGAGAGGGACAGGAAAAGGAGUGAGGUGGGGGAGGACGAGAGCUCCCAGCCUCUGCAGACAACUUUGCCACAAGAGGCAGUCAAUAUUACUGGAAGUGCAAAGGAAAGCGUCUCUGUUGCGACUCCUCACCAACGUUUGAAAACUGAGUUCACAAGGAGCGGAGACAAAGAAAAGAAAGAGCCCCAGCUCCCUGAAACACCAGCUGAAAGUCAAAAAAAUAUGUUCUGGUCCAAACCAUACAAUAACUGCCAUCUUGAAGGCAUGCAGAAGUCCAGAGAGCACUACAGUGAAGCUGAUCUGAGCAGCAUUAGCUCUAGAAAAGGCAGCCAAGACGUUCCAUCGCAUCAGCCUUUAGGCCGGUCUCUGAGCGAGGGCUCGUAUGCCAGUACUCAUCUGACGAGCAUCUCUGGCUUCACACCUUUGAUUGUAAGUCGUAAACACUGUCAGAGCACAAAACAACCACUGGAACUGAAUCUGCUCCCAGUCCAAAAUCUGCCCACUUCCCAUAAGCAGAAUUUACGGCCAGGAAACCUGAAAUGCCCAUCGAACAGAGACAGUAACGGAGCGGAGGCUGACGGAUGUCCAGCCUCCGCCCAGCGCCCUGAAGAUGUGACGACUCCGGGGACGUUACUCACACCGACAGACCACAAUGGCUGCAAUGUUUUGAAAGUAGGGAGGAUCAUGGAGGAGUUGCUAUCUACGGAGAGGGAAUAUGUAAAGGCUCUUGGUUACGUUCGAGAGCACUACUUUCCCGAGCUGGAGAGAGCCGACGUCCCGCAGGACCUCAGGGGCCAGAGGGGAAGUAUCUUCGGUAACUUGGAGAAACUCCACGACUUUCAUCGACACCAUUUCCAAGACGAGUUGGAGAGCUGCGUCAGCGAGCCUUUCAGAGUGGGACGCUGUUUUCUACGUCAUAAAGAGAGCUUUGCUUUGUACGCCCUUUACAGCAAGAACAAACCACAGUCAGACAGUCUCCUCAUCAAUCACGGACAGACUUUUUUCAAGCAAAAGCAGCAGAAGCUGGGGGACAAAAUGGACCUGUGGUCGUACCUGCUGAAGCCCGUGCAGCGCAUCAGCAAAUACAGUCUUCUCCUGCAGGACAUGAUGAGGGAGUGCGGCCCAACACAAACCAGAGAAAUAACCGAAGUCAAGGCCGCCCUGGAAGUCGUUCACUUCCAGCUCCGACAUGGCAACAACCUCCUGGCGAUGGACGCCAUUCACCACUGUGACGUGAAUCUGAAGGAGCAGGGGCAGCUGAUACGACAGGACGAGUUCUUGGUCACGUUCAGGAAGAAGAAAUGUUUCCGCCACAUCUUUCUCUUUCAAGAACUCAUUCUCUUUAGCAAGACCAGAAAAACGGACGUCGGAAAUGACACAUACAUCUACAAACAGUCAUUCAAGACGUCAGACGUCGGCAUGACCCAGAACACUGGAGAAAGUGGCCUGUGUUUUGAGAUCUGGUUCAGAAAGAGGAAAAGCCACGAUACGUACACGCUGCAGGCCGUGAGCCGCGAGGUGAAGGAGGCCUGGACCAAAGAUCUGGAGCGGAUCCUGUGGGAGCAGGCAAUACACAACAGAGAGGUUCGCAUGCAGGAGCGAGUGUUCCUGGGUAUUGGAAACAAGCCUUUCAUGGACAUCCAGCCCAGUGAGGCAGCUAUCAGUGACAGAGCCAUUAACUAUGUACUGCUGGGAAGAGAAAACAAGGUGCUUUCCUCCUCCGUGGGCUCAGGUGGCUCGCAGAACGAACUUCCGGGAGGGCGUCCAAAAUCCGUUGGCUCGGGCAGCAGCUCCUCUUCCUCGUCUUCCUCUGGGAGGGGGUCCCUUGUGUACUUGUGUGGCCCAAAGCGGAGGGUGGUCUCAGGAGGCCCCGGAGGAUAUGUGUCGCCGCCCGGAGCCAUGGAGGAGGAUGACCUGGACCACGAGAACGGAAAUCAGAAUUUACUAUUGGACAGCUCCGAGUCGUCAGGAGAGAGCGUCAGCGGCUUCAGCUGCUCCAGUCACAGCUACCAGUCUGCAGCGGGAGGAGAGUCGGAGGACAGCGCCUCCGUUUGUGCCUCCGUAAUCACUGUUAAAGAGGCGGCGGCGGCUCACCCGACUGAAUCCAACGCGGCGCAGCAAAAGUCAGAUAUUCUGGCAGAAAAAACACAACCACCAGAUGUACCCAAUCCCAAACCUCAGCACCAGACUGAGGAUCAGCCCGAUGGAAAGAGCUCUGGUGUUGGAAAAUCCACUGAAGUUUGACCGGUGACAAACAGAAUAAGAUCUGGAGCAAGCCAUCAAAACCCAGGAGAAAAUGUCCGAACGAUUCAAACAGAUGUACCUUUAUCCCAGCUGUUACUGUAAUCUAGUGCCACUCUGUAAAUAUGACUGCUUUCUCAUAUCAGCACUAAACCAAUAGGUCACGUAGCUGCCUGUAACUAUUCUGUAUUCUGCACAUAAACUGUGGAAAAUGCAAUGUUGAAAUUCAAAUCUGACACAGCUUUAUGUAGUGUGCUGUAAAUAUGCUCAGUUUUAUAGCUCAAGUAAAAGAUUCAUAGAGUUGUUUCGGGUUUUUACUGUGUGCUCAUAUGAUGUUAUAACAAAAUGCUAAAUUAUGUUUUAGUCUGAAAAUGUGGCUAAAUUACUGUGUUAUAAUUAUUUAAUCGUAAUUACAUCCAUUAUGCCCUAAUUUGAUGGCUUUUUUUUUAUAUAAAAUCUGACAAACAAUAUUGCAUUAGUGUAUUUUGUAUACUCUCUGGAAAAAUAAGACCAAUAAGAUCAGUUCACUUUCUGUUUUCCAUCUUUUAACAGUUCUGUAUAAACUGUUUAAAUCGAUAAUGAAUACUGACUCUCAUAAAAGUUGUUGGGCUUUCAAUUUCAAAUACAAAAUAUUCACA